CAUGAAGUUCUCCUUUUCUGAUCCUUGUGGUCAGCUGAGAGGAGCUCCUCAUGGAGUCUGUUCACGAACGGCUGGUUGAGUUUUCCCUGGAAGCUCACGAUCUUUACCUCAACACCUCGGUGCCAUACUUGGAGGGACCGCCAGAGCCGCUGCAGUUCUAUCGCCAGUGGAUUGGCCCAAACAAGCCCUGCAUCAUCCGCAAUGCCUUCAGCCAUUGGCCAGCCUUGUCCAGGUGGACGCCUCAAUACCUCAGGGAGAAGAUUGGCUCAAAGGUGAUCAGCGUGGCGGUAACUCCUAACGGCUACGCCGACGCUGUGCUGGGGGAUCGUUUUGUCAUGCCUGAGGAGCGACAGAUGCGCUUCUCUUCAGUGCUGGACAUAAUAGAAGGAAAGGUGCAGAGGAAAGGAGUUUUCUACGUCCAGAAGCAGUGCUCCAACCUGCUGCAGGAGCUGCCGGAGCUGGUGGACGACCUGGAGCCUCACGUUCCCUGGAUGAGUGCUGCACUCGGAAAGUCACCGGAUGCAGUCAACUUUUGGCUUGGAGAAGCGAAAGCUGUCACAUCCAUGCAUAAAGAUCCGUAUGAGAACCUGUACUGUGUGGUUUCUGGAGAAAAACGUUUCAUCUUGCUGCCUCCCACUGACCGACCCUUCAUCCCUUACGGUCUGUAUCAGUCAGCCGUUUACCAGGAGCAGGAAAGCGGUGAAUUUCAGGUCAUCGAUAACAGCGACUCCCACAAGAUUCCCUGGAUCCCUCUGGACCCUCUGGAACCGGACCUGGAGCGCUUCCCACAGUACAGGCUGGCCCGGCCGCUCGUGUGCUCAGUGAAAGCUGGAGAGAUGCUGUACCUGCCGUCUUUGUGGUUCCACCAUGUCCAGCAGUCCCAGGGCUGCAUCGCAGUAAAUUUUUGGUAUGAUAUGGAAUACGACAUCAAGUACAACUACUUCCAGCUUCUGGAAUCGCUCUCCGAAAACACGACGGGUCCUCAUGACAUGGCAGCAGCCUAAUGAUGUCCAAGGAAACGACGAGAAGCAACCAGCUCCUGAAAGCCCACAAAAUGCACUUUAAAAAAGGAGCUGGGCGAUUGCUUGUGAACCUGUCCUGGUUAAGUUUUAUCUGAUG